AUGGGCCUUCGCAAAUACUUUGACGACGCAUAUACUAGCAGCAGAGUCGGUCAGGCGCUUGACCUUCUUAUUCCAGACUACGAUAUUGGAGGAGGAAGAGGGGGAGGCAGCGCUAAGCGCUUCGCUUCUGACUUCUACUUACCCAACCGACAAAAAAAAAAAACUUUCGACUAUCGUUGCGAAAUUGACGAACCCAUUGGUGCAAAGGUCAUUUUCCUCAUGGGGAUGACUGGCACCGGAAAAUCUUCAUUCAUAAAGCUUCUUACUGAGAAUAGAGAUAUCAAGAUCGGAGGGGGUAUCGACCCCGAAACAAGUGAAAUUCAGAGCUUUUCAUUUUAUCACAAGCACCAAUAUGUGGUCAUGGUGGACACCCCUGGCUUUGACGACAACCGACCGAACAUGAGCGAUUCGAGACUCCUUGAAGAUAUAACUAACUUCUUAAUAAAAAAGCACAAGGGGAAGACGUUGCAUGGUUUAAUCUACUUCCACCGCAUCUCCGACGUCCGCAUUAGCGGCACUGCAAAGCGCAACAUUCGUAUGAUGUCUUCCCUUUGUGGGCCCUCCGCCAUGAAGAACGUCGCUAUUGUCACCACACGAUGGGACGAAGUUCACAAGGAACAAUUGCAAGCCGCGGAGAAGACUGAGACUCAGCUCAGCGGCUAUUUCAAAGACUUUACCGACAAUGGGGCCCAGCUCUAUCGCCACUAUAAUACUCUCGAGUCCGCAAAGAAGCUCAUAUCUUCUGUCCUUGACUUUACUGCUAUCGACAAGAUUCAAAUCGUCGAAGAGAUUCGAAGUCGGAAGACUUUAUUUCAAACUGCGGCAGGUCGCGAGCUUGCCAGCCAGCUGGCCCAGCUCGAGGCGGAUCAUGUGCAACAUAUUGAAGGGCUUGUUAAGCAGUUGGAAGCUGCGUCUGGUUUGGAGGACAAUUCUUACUACGAUGAGUUGAACAAGUUACGAAACGACCUGCGUGAGAGGCGCGGCAAGGUGGCAAAAGAUCGGCAGAAGUUGGAACUUACGCAGCUCGCACCAACACCUCUAUGGAGAUCCACGUGGUUGAGCUCAUUGCUUGCAUGGGAUAAUUAA